UGCUGCAUCGCCAACCCAAGCACAACAAAUUAUCCACACCAUACAAUGCAAAACCCUACAAAGUGACUAAGGUUAAGGGUUCUGAAAUUACAGCUACACGGGAUGGACACUCAAUUGUCAGGAAUGCCUCAUUCUUCAAGAAAAUCAGACAUGGACUUGAAGAUGCCCCACCUGGACGGCAUGUCGACCCCGCCUUAACAGACAAGCCCAGAUACCCAGUCAGAUCAAACAGAUGCGCACCUAUGCAUCUGUCUGAUUACAUCAGAUCUAAGACUUGAAUAUCUGAGUGACCAGUUAAAGGUUACGCUGCGUGUAACAUGUUUGUUGUUCCUGAAUCUAACACUGUAACCAGUAUUAUAGUGUUGAAUGUUGAUAGUGUUUAGUCACAGAUCUGCGCAAACGCAGUGCUGUUUAAGUGAUGUUUAGGUGUGGAGAAACUCAAGUAAUAAGAACGUUCAGUAAUUUUAUUAGGUGUCGUUGUCAUAGGUUCAGAUUAAUAAUUCACCUCGCUGAAUACCUAAGUUUGUUUAAAAAAAAAAAAAAGGAGGUGAUUGUGAUGUUUACAGAAGUUUUAUUUUGAAAGGUCGAACAGGAAACGGAAAAUGAACAAGUUAGCGCUGCAGACUGUGUUAUCACUGCAAGCCUGAGAAUUAAAGAAUGGAACUGAGAAUUACUGAGGGUGUGAUCAUUAAUGUUUGAGGCAUGCAAACAUUACAGCUAUUAACUUAGUGCUCAAUAUUUCUACCAACAUGGUACAAAAGUACUGAGGCAUAAUUUUAACAUGCACAAACAAUUAGAACCAGUAUCAUGCCAGUUAACUGCCAAAAGAAAUAACGCUUACAGGUUCAUUGACGCACAAAGAAAACUUACAUUAAAACUUAAUGUACAUGAGAGAAAAUCUAUUUAUGAUCCUGGUAAUAAACUGGCCCGGAACUGUACGAUUAAAGACUGAUUAAAAAUAUUCCAUAUUUGUAUUUUAAGAAGCUAUUCUGCAUGUAAACCACUGUAUAACAACCACUUCUUCAUUUCAGUGUGUGAGUUUAGAGGCUUUCAUCUGUUUAUGCAUGUUGACCAUGUCCAGUUGAAGGAAGACAGUCUAAUAUUUCUUUUAUAUUUUCUAACCACAGAAGACCCUUUUAUCAAAGACUACAUCCUGAACAACUGAUGGAGACUAACUGGAAAACAGUAUGUGUCAUGUUGAUGUGAUUUAAGAAGCGAGAGAAGAAGCGAUGAGUUUAAGUGCAGCAGCGAGUGGAUUGGUCCUCUUCCUUCUCUCUCUAACAGUGGUACAGAGUCAGAAUGAUUAUGCAGUGACUUACACUUCUACUCAGAUCUGUGCUGUAAAAGGAUCAACAGUGGACAUAGGCUGCUCCUUCAAACACCCUUCAAGAGUAAAUGCGUUAAAAAGAGUUUGGUUCACUAAAGGGAACAAUUAUAAUCCUGAAGAUCUGAAAACAGACCCAGUAUAUGCAGGUCGAGUGUCGUACAGUUCUCACUGGAAGAGCUACACUCUGACAAUCAGAGACCUGAGAGAGAGCGACUCAGCUGUGUACAAGUUCAGGUUUGAAACAGACCAGAAAAAUUUUACUGUUUUACCUGGAGUCACUCUGACUGUCACAGCUCUUCAGGUACACGUGGAGACAUCAUCAUAUUCCAACUGGGCAACACUGACUUGUCAGAGCAGUUGUCAACUACACAAUCAUUCCUCCUACAUCUGGUACAAAAAUGGACACAAGAUUUCUAGUAGAAACCAGUAUCGGUAUUCAGCCAAUCUGAAUCCUUCAGAUAGCUACUCCUGUGCUGUAAGAGGUCAUGAAGAUUUCCCCUCUCCUUCAGUGUGUGUCCGAGGUGAAACAACUCGGACUGUUACAGAUGUUCAGGUCAGUGUGUCGACUGGACGACAGUUGGAUUGUGUCACCAGGUGCAAUCAUUAUGUUUCAUCUUAUGUCUGGUACAAAAAUGGACAACAAGUGAAUGGAGCCAGCUCUUCUUCUUAUGAAGCUCAAUAUGACACUUUAUACAGCUACUCAUAUCAAAUGUCAUAUGACAAUAAAAACAGCUACUCAUGUGCUUUAAAAGGAUUUGAGGAUUUUCACUCUGCGUUAGUUUGUGUCCGAGGUGAUUCAUGCUACAGAGUGAAUUACAGUAACAGAAGAAUCUGUGCAGUCAAAGGAUCAUCAGUGGACAUUUCUUGUACUUACAACAGUUAUGAAAGUCCAAUCCAAUCAAAGUCCUGGUUCCGUUCUGGUCGUGGAUCUGAGGAUCUCACAGAAGACUCCCAGUAUGUAGGUCGUGUUGAGGUGACUGAAACAGAGCGAGGACGCUCCACUCUGAGAAUCAGAGACCUGACAGAGAGUGAUUCAGCCGAGUAUCACUUCAAAUUCAAAACACAAGGCUUUGAAUGGAAGAGUAGUUUACCUGGAACAACUCUGACUGUCACAGAUCUGCAGGUGAAGGUGAGCAGAAUAAUAUCAGUCCAUGAGUCUCAGACUGAGGCAGAGCUGAAGUGUGAAAGCAGCUGCAGUCCAGCUGGUCGUCUUUCUUUUGUCUGGUUCAAAAACAAUCAGUUUAUGGUUGAACAAAGUUCUUAUCAAGAUCUGUUCAAUCCUGGAGACAUCAUCUCCUGUGCUUUCAAAGGACAUGAAGAUUAUCGCUCAGAUCCUGUGUAUGCUCCAAUGCUUCCCUCUGUGUCAGUGAGUCCCUCUGGUGAAAUAGUGGAGGGCGGUUCAGUCACCUAUAGCAGUGAUGCUAACCCAACAGCUAAUUACACCUGGUACAAGGAGGAUGAAGACUCAGAAAAAGCAUCAGGACACAACUUCACCAUCACUGACUUCAGACCUGAACACAGAAAAUCUGUAAUAAUAUUGAAUAUCAUCAGAUUGACUCUGGUGGUCCUGAUGCUGAUUGCUCUCUUCGUGUUGGGUCUGUGGAUGAGGAAGAAGACACAUGUGGCUUUAGAAAUUGGACCAAAUGAAUCUGUAAAUGUCAUCAGAGUAAGAGGUUCUACUGAUACAACAUGUGUUAUGAUAGAUGUAAACACUCGUGCUGAUUAUGAGAACGUCUCAGCCUCACAGGGCAUCACUGCAGACGACACUGAAGAGCAGGAAGAGCUGCAGUGAAGUCCAGUCAUGUUAGAGACUUGCGUAUAAAAGAAACAGACUGAAACUCAUGUUGUUUAGAUGGUGUUUAAUCAGACGUUAGAAAGAGAAAAGUUAAGGAGCACGGUCUCUGCCUCUGUGGAGGAUUUUUUCAUGGACUGUGCUGUUUGGCUGAGGAUCAAAUGCAGUAUUCAUAGAUGAGGCUAAACUUAAACAUCAGCUUUAUUUCUGAAACUUCCUGAAAACUUUUUAAUUUAAAUUUUUUGAUUUAGUGAAAUUAUUUAAUAUCCUGAACUAGUUUUGGUGUGAAGCACUGUAACUCAGCAGUUUCCACACUGCUUGGUGGUAAAAUAUGAACACGUGUUGAUUCCUGCUUUAUUUUAUCAUUCAGAUAAAUACUGCUGACGUAUGCUGCUGGUGUUUUCAUUCCUGAGAAUAAUUAUGUAAAGGGAUGAGCUGACUGAGAAAUUGUUUGUGGUCUGUCUUUGGUAUUAAUGUAAACACAUUUUAUUAUUUGUCAAGUAGCCAAGACAAAUGUUUCCAUCCUGCAUGAGCCUUGAUUAGGAAGAGCUAAAGGAACAACAGCUAAAGGACACACAGACCUCCUUCUUCCCUAAGAGCACCUGGCUGCAGCCACUGUGGAGCUCCACAGCAAGCGGAAACACGUGACCUUCACCAAACCCUUCUCCUCUUCCCGGCCACCUCCUUCAGUGUAUCCAUCUGUCGUUCUGUCCUUACAGUGGGAAAUGGCCGAAAUACCUGACCCAUGAGGCAUCCUUGUCAGAUGCCUAAAGUACCUAAACUGCCUCCUUUCAAGGUGGAGGAGCAGCGGCUCUACUCAGACUCUCUCUCGGAGGAAUAAAUUCAUCACUGUAUCUCUAAAGGAGAGGCCAGCCACCCGUCCAUGAGUACUCUGCUGUUAAAUUUAACAGCUGCAGCACAGCCCUCAGUUCAGGAGCAUCUCACAUAGAAAUAUUACAAAUUCUUUUUGACAUUUUCUGAUUUUCUUAUAACAUGUGUCUGUGUAUUAAUGGCAAUGAUAUCAUCUCCUCUCUUUUUCUGUCUACAAAAAUAAAAAGUUCAUAAUUCAUCUGCAUUGCACUCCAAAGUCAACAAAACCUGGCUCAUAUUAUUACUUGAAUCUGCCGUACUGUCAUGCUGUGCAUAUCCUACAGUCUACUGUUUACAAAUCUACUCACUUCUCUUGCUGAGGAGAAUAAACUUGGACCACCACCACCUGCAGGUGUGGAGGAUAAUGCACCAAGACCUCCUGUGUUGUGUCUCAGCGUGGCACUGCAGAUAAGAAAUCAUUACAGUGAGUAUUUAAACCUGCCCAGUGAAUCACAGGUAUCGCACAAAACUCAGUCAUCUAGAUCUGCAGAACAAAAACAAAACACCCUGCUGACCUGUCCAUUUUUGAUUAUAUAUUUGCAGCCUGGAUUCACUCGAAUGUGGAAAGAGAAUUUAUCCCAACAUUGAAAGAGCAAAGAAGAACUGCAGCCAACAAAGUUUUCUAAAAGCUUUCCUAAUCAAUCAAUCAAUCAAUCAAUCAAUCAAGAAAACCACGCACGUAUUAAAUAGGAUAUGCCAGUCUUCAAAAGUCAGCAAAAGAUGACUGACAAAAGAUGCAUUGCACAUGUAAUGCACAUGUCAUGCAGUGACCACUAUUGGCCAAAGCAGACAAAGCAACCUCAUUAGUUAACUCAAUUACUUUUUUUAUUUUUUAUUUUACCUUUAUUUAUACAGGUAGCUCAAUCGAGACUCAGUAAGUCAU